GCGGGCGCGAGGGGCCCGGCGAGCACCGUUAGCAGGGCCUGGCGCCCGUGCCCGCCAGGGGCCUCUGCCAGCGGCGUCCUGCCCCUGUCCCUGCCCCUGCCCCUGUCCCUAUCCCCUGUCGACGUCGGGGCCUCGCUGGUGCUCGAGCAGCUGAGAGAGCCGCGGAGUGAGGACUCGAGGAGGUCUCCUGGGAGGUGACAUUGUGAAGCGGAGGAGCAGAGCCGCCCAGCGCGGGACCUGCUCGCCCGAUGGGGAGCGGCCGGUCGCAGCUGUCCCUGCUGCCCGGCCUCCCCGCCUCCCGGUCCUACCACGUUGCUCUGCUGGGGCUGGACUGCGCCGGGAAGACCACCGUCCUGUACAGGCUGCGGCUGGAUGAGUUUGUCGAGGCCGCGCCCACCAAAGGCUUUAACACGGAGAAGGUCACGGUGACCUUGGGAGAGUCUAAAGCGGUCACCUUCCACUUCUGGGACGUGGGCGGCCGGGAGAAGCUGCGGCCCCUGUGGAAGGCCUACACCAGGUGCACCGACGGCAUCGUGUUCGUCGUGGACUCGGUGGACGCCGAGCGGAUGGAAGAAGCCAAGACCGAGCUGCAUAAAAUAACAAGGAUCUCGGAAAACCAGGGCGUCCCUGUGCUCAUCGCGGCCAACAAGCGGGACCUGAAGAACUCGCUGUCCCUGGGGGAGAUUGAGAAGCGGCUGGCCGUCGGGGAGCUGAGCGCGGCCACGCCUUGGCGCCUGCAGCCCACCUGCGCCGUGGCCGGAGAGGGGCUCAAGGAGGGACUGGAGAAACUGCACGACAUGAUAGCAGCCCGGAGAAGGCCGCCGCGGCGACCGAAAAGGAGACGGUGAGCCCCGCAGCCUCUGCGUCUGGGAGGAGCGGUUUUCUCCCGCAGAGCAGGGUCCAGGAUCUCCAGCCCGCUUUGCUGUUCGCCCUCUCGGAUGCUGUUAGGAAAGCUUUGUUUAGUGAAAGGCUCAGCCCAGUUCUGUCGACUGGUGGAAGACGAGGGAGGGGUCCCUACUCCCCACCCCACACGGCUUUUGGGGCUGCCGUCCUGGGAAGGCAAGCGAGGAUGGCGAACUGACCAGACAACGGCUGUGGAAACUGGGCCCAAAGUUAGUGAAAUAAAAUUUUGAAGAGUUCCA